GAUGUCGUGCUGCUCAGGAAAGUGCGGCUGCGGCGACGCCUGCAAGUGCGGCAGCGGCUGCAACGGCUGCGGCAUGUACCCCGACGUCGAGGCCGCCAGCACCGGCAACGUCUUCCUCGUCGCCGCCGCCACCCACAAGGCGAGCGCCGGCGGGAUGGACAUGACCGCAGAGGCGGAGAACGGUGGCUGCACCUGCAGCAAGUGCAACUGCGGCACCAGCUGCGGCUGCUCCUGCUGCACCUGCUAGGUCAUCAAUCAACAAGUUGAUCUGGCGGCUUGCAUCACUACUUAAUUACCACCAUGUAACGCUACCUGAUGGAGGGCUAAGCUACACAUGCUAAGCCUGUACACUGUACGCCCCAAAGCUGCGUGCAUGUCUGCAUGAUCUGCAUGCAUGCAUGUCGCAUCCUAAAUAAAAACCCCCAACCUUAACUA